AGAAUGCGGCUUUAAAAGGCUACAUUCUCUCUCUCCUGGCAUCCGCAGUUCCGCAGAUCAUGUGACAGGUGUAAUUCAGCCCAACGGUGUCAAUAGCCCAACUGACUGAAAUCCGAGAAACGCUGGUUCCAAACCCGCUGUCGUGUCGCAGGCAAUAGAACUUAGUCUUUGGGGUUUGGUGAUCUUGGAUGAGCCCACUACUAUGGCCGGGCGUCAAAUGCGAGCCGCUGUAGAAGACGAAAUGGAGAGGAACGGCAUAGAGCCGAGAGUCGUCGUGUCGGCGUUGACCAACGAGUACAUACACUAUGUGACCACUAAUGAGGAGUACCAGGUGAGGAAACUGGUCUUGAGAGGACAAAUUACAUAGGCUACCUUCUCUCUCCCGUGUCAUCCGCAGUUCCGCACAUCAACUCAGCUUCCGUCAUCUGGCUGGAAGACCUGCUCCUAGAUAAGUUACGAAACUUGACAGGUGUAAUUUAGCCCAAUGGUGUCAAUAGCCAAACUGGCUGACUCGAGAUCCGAGGAACGCAGUUCGAACCCCGCUGUCGUGUCGCAGACAAUAGUACUUUGUCUAUGGGGUCUGGUGAUCCUGGGUGAGCCCACCACCAUGGCCGGGCGUCGUAUGCGCGCGGCCGUGAAAGACGAAAUGGAGAGGAACGGCAUAGAGCCGAGAGUCGUCGUGUCGGCGUUGACCAACGAGUACAUACACUAUGUGACCACUAAUGAGGAG